GGCGGCAGCGGCCCCCGGUGCGUGGCCUCCGUCAGCAGCCUUCUGCCUUGUCCUCCGCGUUCCCCCGGGGACGGCUUCAGGAGAGCCUCCCCUCGUCGUCCCCCCCCGUUUUCUUCCUUUCCGCUUGCUUGCGUGUGAGGUAAACUCGGCGUGUGGUGCCUACGCUGCCGUUGCGUUUCAGGUGAGGGAGGGGGGGAAGAAGAAAGAGAGCGGGGAGGCACUCACUCCCCCUCCCUCCUCAGCGCCUCUCCGGCGGCCCUGGGCGCGAAACCCCGCCGCUCCCUUUGCUUCUAUUCUCCCGGCGAAGUAAAACAGCCCCAUUCCCAAAAUGGGCUGCACGCUGAGCGCCGAGGACAAGGCAGCGGUGGAGAGGAGCAAGAUGAUCGACAGGAACCUGCGGGAGGAUGGCGAGAAGGCGGCCAGGGAGGUCAAGCUGCUCCUCUUAGGAGCUGGUGAAUCAGGGAAAAGCACAAUUGUCAAACAAAUGAAGAUUAUCCAUGAAGCUGGUUAUUCAGAGGAAGAAUGUAAACAGUACAAAGCUGUUGUCUACAGUAACACCAUUCAGUCCAUUAUUGCUAUCAUUAGAGCAAUGGGGAGGUUGAAGAUAGACUUUGGUGAUCCAACCAGGGCUGAUGAUGCUCGGCAACUCUUUGUGUUAGCUGGAGCAGCAGAAGAAGGAUUUAUGACUGCAGAGCUUGCUGGAGUUAUCAAGAGACUGUGGAAAGACAGUGGAGUUCAAGCUUGUUUCAAUAGAUCUAGAGAAUACCAGCUUAAUGACUCCGCUGCGUAUUACUUGAAUGACUUGGACAGGAUAGCACAAACCAGCUACAUUCCAACCCAACAGGACGUUCUCAGGACUAGAGUGAAAACUACAGGAAUAGUGGAAACUCACUUUACUUUCAAAGAUCUUCAUUUUAAAAUGUUUGAUGUUGGAGGCCAAAGAUCAGAGCGGAAGAAGUGGAUUCAUUGUUUUGAGGGUGUUACAGCAAUUAUUUUUUGUGUGGCAUUAAGCGAUUAUGACUUGGUCUUGGCUGAAGAUGAGGAAAUGAAUCGGAUGCAUGAAAGCAUGAAAUUGUUUGACAGUAUCUGCAACAAUAAAUGGUUCACAGACACUUCUAUUAUUCUCUUCCUGAACAAGAAAGAUCUUUUUGAAGAAAAAAUCAAAAGGAGUCCCCUCACUAUUUGCUACCCUGAAUAUGCAGGAUCUAACACUUACGAAGAAGCAGCUGCUUAUAUUCAGUGUCAAUUUGAAGAUCUGAACAAAAGAAAAGACACGAAGGAAAUCUACACUCACUUCACAUGUGCCACAGACACAAAAAAUGUGCAGUUUGUUUUUGAUGCUGUAACUGAUGUCAUUAUUAAAAAUAACCUUAAAGACUGUGGCCUCUUCUGAGAACAGACAAAAGGUUGUUAAAUGGUAAAUUACAUGCCUGAAAACAGGACUUAGGCAAUUGGAAUAUGCCCAUGCUGUGUAAAACCUUCAUAGACAUACUUAAUUCUCUUUUAUUUUAUUUCUAGGUUUGGAGAAUGACUUCGCACAAUUCUAAUCUGAUUCUUUUCAAGGUGAAAGAAAUACAAAAUACAUUGUGCUGAAUGAUAGAUCAGUACUGUACUUGCCUGUUUUAACAGCUUUAUUUAUGUUUGUCUUGUAAAUUUCAGUAAUUAGUUAACACUGAGAUGUCAGUUGAUUGUAUGUAAACUUAUAAUUGUAGUAAUGUAUUUGUAUAAACGUUGAAUGGAAUAUUUUAGUAACUUGAUGUCCUCUAAAAUUUCCAUGUUUUAUGAAGAUACUCUUAGAGGAGACAGACACUUUUUGCCUUUGGAUUAUUUAAACAUCUUGUAAAAUUAAAUUUUCUUUUCAUCUUAAGGGUGCAUGCUGCCUUAUUCUUUACUUUUGUUGGUAAUACUGUAUAUGGUGUUAGCUUUUUUGAUAUUUAAACAGCCUCAUACACCUGCUCAGACUUAAAGAAACAUAACCAAUAAAACUUGUUUUUUGCCUUAAGUUUUGAAAAGAUCUUUUUAUAAAUUUAAGAUAAAUGCAAAGAUUAUUUUUAAAAUUUAAAUGAAAUCCAGCAUUUAUGAAAUCUGGGCUUGCAGUCUUUGCAGUGCAAAUGUGGCAACACUGAGAAAUUAAAUUUUAAGGUUCAAAUAUCAUUGAAGCUGAUGGAAAUGCAAAAAGGAAGUUGUUAAAACCAUUCAUAUCAAUAAAAAAAAAGUUUGAAACUGU